CCAUACCCAACCAACACUGUUUCUCACAAUCUCACUCUCAUUUUUCUUGAUAUCAAUAACAAUAGACACAUUCUGAUUCAUUAACCAAAGUUGAAAGUAGCAAGUACAUGAUCCAACGCAACAAUGGCUUCUGCCUGUGUCAACAACAUCCUAGACCUUCCUCCAUGGCUGCCACACCCCGAUCCUCAACCAGACUUCGAGUUCCCCCUCGAAAACCCCGUCGCCAUGCUCCCCGCCGACCAACUCUUCUCCGACGGUAAACUCCUCCCUCUCCACCUCAAACCCUCUCCGCCGCCGGAAAAUCCCAAAUCUACAUCCUCCUCCGCCGUCACCGCCACCGACCCCUACCUCUUCUCCCCCAAAGCCCCUCGCUGUUCCAGCCGCUGGAAAGACCUCCUCGGCCUCAAAAAACUCUACCAAACCACAGGAACUACAACCACCAAAGCGACGACGUCGUCGUCGUCGUCUACGUCCUCUUCCUCUUCCGCGAAAUCGCUCAAACACUUCCUCCACCGCGGAACCUCCAAAACGGCGUCGUUCUCCUCGGAAAAUGCGCCGUUGCUGCUAAAAGACUCCUCCGACUGCGAAUCCGUCUCAAUCUCCUCGCGCCUCUCGCUCUCCUCCUCCUCCUCUGGCCACGACCAUGACGAUCUCCCUCGCCUCUCUCUCGACUCCGAAAAACCUAACCCUAACCCGAUCUCACUCCACCGUAACCCUAACCCUAGGAUUCGUCUCGUCAAAGCUAGAACAGGCUCCUUCGACGGGCAACACAACCGCGUUGGAAGGAGUCCGAUUCGAAGGGAACAGAGUAAUACGGUGGGGUGCAGGGGAGUUUCCGUGGAUAGCCCUAGAAUGAACUCAUCGGGGAAGAUUGUGUUUCAGAGCUUGGAACGAAGCUCGAGUAGCCCUAGCAGCUUCAAUGGUGGUCCACGAUUCAAGCAUAGGGGAAUGGAACGAUCUUAUUCCGCUAACGUUCGGGUCACUCCGGUUCUCAACGUUCCGGUUUGUUCUCUACGGGGCGGGUCCAAAUCCGGUUCGGUUUUCGGGUUCGGUCAACUAUUUUCUUCUCCGCAGAAGAAAGAAGGCGCUAGUAGUGGCAACAACAACGGCAAGAGCCACCAACACAGUGGUAGGACUCGGAAUUGACGUAAAUACCCUUCGUAAUUGAAAUAAUAGAGUAAGAGAGAGGGUAACGUGUUAAUUAAUUAGGGCUUUUUUUUUUAAUUUCUAAUUUUGGGUUUUUUACGUUUUUGCCGCUUAAUCAAUCACUGUUUGUCUUUUUAUAAUCUGGGUAAUGGAAAUAUUGCAGGAGGACUGUGUUGAUUGGGGGUUUUGGGUUAAUUUGAUUUUCUCAUCCAAGGGUUUUAGAUUAUUGUAAAUACGUGAGGUGGGGUGGGAUUUUUAGAUGAUGCUGUUGUUUCCAUGAUUAUAACGAUGAUGAUAAAGAUCCAGUUACUGUU